UCUUCGGAAAGCCUUCCCCGGGCAGAGCGGGGCUGUUCUGUACUUUUCAGAGAGGGCGGAGGAACGCGGAGAGAAAGUGCGGGCUCCCCGCAGCGUGCUCAAGCGAAGCGCCAGGCAGAGGAGCGAGGGCGCCACAUGGCGCGGGCUGCCGGGCGAAGUUAGUCUCCCAGCCUAGCAUUUCUGAGGCGGGAGAACGAAGCUGCGACCGGCCAACCGGAAAACGCCCCGCAUGCGCUGCUGGAGGGAGCGCAGAUCUCCUCCUUCCCUUUCUCCCGUCCCGAGGCAUUUCCAAGGAGCUCCUGCCUUUUCGCUGUUCCUGAGCGUCCCCCGCUGGGUACCGCCAUGGUAGACCGAGGUCCCCUGCUGACGUCUGCUAUCAUCUUCUACCUGUCCAUCGGGGCAGCUAUUUUUGAAGUCCUCGAGGAACCGUACUGGAAAGCAGCGGCCAACGACUACAAGUUGAAGAAAACGCAGCUCCUCCAAGAGUUUCCCUGCCUGGGCCAAGAGGGGCUGGAUAAGAUCUUAAAGGUGGUGUCAGAAGCUGAUGGGCAAGGGGUCUCAAUUGAUGGCAAUGACACUUUCAACUACUGGAACUGGCCGAAUGCUGUCAUCUUUGCAGCUACUGUGAUUACAACUAUUGGAUAUGGAAAUGUUGCUCCGAAGACUCCAUCUGGGCGGCUUUUCUGUAUAUUCUAUGGACUCUUCGGUGUUCCUCUGUGCUUAACGUGGAUCAGUGCUUUGGGGAAGUUUUUUGGUGGGCGUGCUAAAAGGCUGGGCCAGUUCCUGACAAAGAGAGGAGUAAGUUUGAGAAAAGCACAAAUUACGUGCACAGCCAUUUUCAUCAUCUGGGGAGUCCUAGUCCAUCUAGUCCUUCCACCCUUUGUCUUUAUGGUGACUGAAGGCUGGAAUUAUAUUGACGGGCUAUAUUUCUCAUUCAUCACUAUUACCACCAUAGGAUUUGGAGACUUUGUUGCUGGUGUGAAUCCAAGUGUUAAUUACCAUUCCCUAUAUCGAUACUUUGUGGAGCUCUGGAUCUACCUGGGCCUAGCUUGGCUUUCCCUAUUUGUUAAUUGGAAAGUCAGUAUGUUUGUGGAGGUCCACAAAGCAAUCAAGAAACGAAGGAAAAAAAGAAAAGAAUCUUUUGAAAAUCAUCCUCCUACCAAAAAAGCCCUUCAAAUGUCUAACACAAAAGAUGUAAACAUUUUCAGCUUCCUUUCCAAGAAGGAAGAGACUUACAAUGAUCUCAUCAAGCAAAUUGGGAAGAAGGCUCUGAAAACAAACAAUGACAGAAACCUAAAAGCAGAGCAGGCUAUAUCCGCUUUGCAGCCUUGCAGCAUGGAUACAAAGGUGAUGUACACAAAGAACAAGUUAUUUGACUAUGAUGAAGUUUCUCUGGGCCUCCAAAACUAUCAUGUCAUGAGGCAUCUCACAGACCAGCGUGUUGGAGCUAGCCCAGCUGAGGGAUCUGUGUUUGUAAAUCAACUAGACCGGAUCAGCGAGGAAGAAGGAGAAGCAUGGGAUUCUAGGGAUUAUCGACCCUUGAUCUUUGAAAAUGCCAAUAUAACUUUUGUAAAUGAGGAUGAGGAUGAUGAAGAGGAGGAUAUUUCAGAUGAUGAAGAAACAUCCAAGUCCUCUAUGGAUGACAAUCUUGCAGAGGAACCCCAGAGUCCUAAAAAACUAGUGAAAUUUCCAUCCUCUGAUGAGUCUACCUUUACCAGUAAUGAACUAGAGAUAUCUGUACCUUAUGAGCAGCUAAUGAAUGAGUACAACACAGUGAAUAAUUCAAAAGCUGCAACGUGAAGAAAUGCUUGUCUAGUCACUGGUUUCCUGAAGAUCAUUUAAUGCAGAUUAUGAACAGAUCAGCAUGGGAGGAGGAAUGUAUAUCAUGUUCUGGCAUUUUCUACUGCUACUGCCUUCCUUUUGCAAACUGAAAGCAUCCAAUGACUGCAUGUUAUCUGCAGUUGUUUGCCAGUUUUGGUUACCCACUGUGAAUUGACAGUUGAAAAAAAUUGUGGGUUCCUCUUCAUUUUUGAAAGUUCUUAAAAGUUAGGAAGAAAAACCUAGAGUUAUAACAUGCAGUCUAUUCAGUAUGUUUCUUCCUUGGUGAAGAGUGAAGUUCUAAUACUAUAAUCAGACUAAUUUGGGCAUGACUGGUUACUGCACUAAUCCUUCAGCUCUCUUGCUGAAUAGAGGUCAUACCCAAGUGCGGAAUGGAAAAUGAUGGUGGCCCUAGCUGCACAGCCGAAACUCCCUAUCACACAAUGAUGUUUCCAUUCUCCUCUAAGGGAUGCUGUGAACUGGAAGAGCAAAGUAUCCUGAAAGUUAAUUGAAUUAUACCAGCUCAGUUUACUAGUGAGCUUCAAAGUUUGUUUUUAAAGAAUAGUUUGGAAUUCAGAACUGAUAUAUAGAGAGUAUACCUUCUAUAAAAGAUGCUACUCUCAUUGAGAUUAUGGAAAGCACAUUGAAAUGAACACCAGAGUUGUAAGAAAGAAUGGUGAAAGAAGAUGUUUGGAGGGUGAAAUUUAACAAUGAAGAACUGCACAAUGAGAAAAGUGGUCUUGAAUUGGAAGUGGCCUUCCAUGGUCUAUACUCUAGAGGAAAUACUUGAAUAAACUUUGUAUACUAGCGUCUCUAUGUGAAGCUUAGUGAUGCUGCAUUUUCAUAGCAAAACACAGCCUGAAUAUCUUUAUGUCCAUCUGAAGGAUCAAAGAGCUGCUUUCAGAUUCUCUGUACAUGUUACAUUCAAUGGUUGUACUCCUUAAAAACUUUAUUUCUCUUGCCCUCUCAAUUCUGGUUGGUAAUUUAAAUUAGAUUAGAUAGUAUGUUUAAUGAUUGCAUAAAUAUUUUCCCAUAAGUUUCUUUUUAAUGCGUUUCCACCCUAGGUAACUUAGCUAUGCACCAGCAAGGAAGUAAUUAACUCAGUGGUUAUAGUUCCUUUUGAGAAGCUGAGAGCUGCCUGCUGUUUUUCCAGUUUACUGGAGCUAAGUAACAAUGCUGAACAACCUGAUCCUCAAAACUGCUGUUGAGUACCAUCAGUUCUGAGUUGUUUGAGGAUCUGGUUGUGUCAUCAUUUAACUGUGUGUUGAGCUCCCACUGAUUUCAGUACAAAAUGGAAGAAAUCAUGGGUGGAAGACCUGGAGUGGGGAAUUGCAAACAAUAUAAUGUGGCAGAGAAAGGCCGAGUGGAAUUUUGCAAUACAGUCUUGUACAAUUUAUUGACUCCUGCUUGGCUUUUAAAUUGUAGGAGAGGAAGUGUUCUCUUUUUUAAAAAAACUCCAAUCAACCAUACACUCCUAUUUUUUUAAAAAGCCCUCAGAAGGACACUUUGAAGACAUUUACUGCCAUAAAAAGGUCUCUCUUCAUUUCUGUUCAGAAAUUUAUAUUGUGCUUGCAAAGAAGUUAGCAAAAAUUAAGUAGUUCUGUUCUAUGCUAUGCUUUUCUAGGUGGGAAAUUAUAUUGAAUUUGCUCGUGUUAUCUCGGGCAUGGGGAUGAAAUCCAGCCUAAGUUGCAGUCAGCAACUGAGGGGCUACCAUUGCCCUUGGAGCCUCAGUGACUGGUUCCUCUUCCCCUUGGAUUGACCCCAGACAGCCAUGAAUGAACUUAGCUUUUGUAAAAAAAUAACUUGCAUCAUCAAAUAACUUUAUUCUGCCUCAAAGGUGGUGUUUGUCUAUAAUUAUUUCUCUUAUUCCAUGGUGGAUAAUACACUGUGAGUCCUCUUUUUGUUACAGAAGUGCACAUCUUCUUAGUAAACAUAAACUUCAUAAAGCCAGUGUUGUAUUCUGGUGUGUCUUCCAUGACUGGAAGGCUAGAAGGUCGCUUUCUGCUGCAUUAAAAGAGAGCGACAGAAUGGUGCACAAAAGACAGUAUAGAAAUAGCCAACAGAUUAUCUGUGUUUGUCUUAAAAUGUGGCUUCUCUUAUAUGUAAUUAUUACAGUGCAUGCAAAGCUGGACUACAUAAACAGGCAGAAAUGAAAUGUCACAAGCUUGGAGCCUCCUCUGUAUUAAGCCUUGCCUCUGUAGCUAGAGAUGAAGAUAACUCACAUGACCUGUUCUGUUAAACCAUAGGUUAGGUGCUGCUCUUUAGACCUGAUAUACAGGGUAUUUAAUAAGUGCCCUAAAUUUCUAGGAACUUAACCAUCUUUCAAGGAAACAAGGUCAUGUUUUCCUUGCCUUUAAGGCAAGUUCAACAGAUAUAAACACAACCAAGAAAGUUUGCUGUGCUCCAUAGAGUGUUUGGGAGGAAGGUUCCCUAAAAUCAGCGGGGACUUAUUCCCAAGCAAAAGUUUGGUGCACUGAUACACUCUUACAUCCAACAACUCCAUCAUGUGCCUUGUAAUGAAUGAAAUUUAGCUGAGUUUUUGUCUUACGAGAAUCAGCACAAAAGAUAGAAAUAUUAUUUAUUGAUACUUGGGUUUUUAUUAGCUUCACAUGCCUUACAUUUACCCUUUACUUUUGAAGUGAGUUUUAUCUUUAAAUGAUGGAGACUUCUUGGAGCUCUCUGAAAACUGAGCUGCCUUCACAACCUACUGUGUACAAGUACUGUCUUCCGUGUGCCAAGGGGAGCUGUGGUUUUCUCUGUCAGUUCUUUUUCUCUACUUUGUAUCUAAUGAAGUAAACAUUAAAAUCUUGAUUGCUGGGGAAAUCCAACAUAACAUUUGAAGUGCCUUGAUGUCCCAGCUACAUUUCAGGAAGGAUUUUUGUAUAAUGUGAAACAGUUCGAACAAACUGAAGAUUAAGAUUUGAGGACCAUUCUGUCCCCCCUUGCCCCUCCCCACAGUCUAUAAUUUAAUUGAGUGUAACCACCUCUGCUUUAUGUUAAUGUUAAAUUAUUUAGGAAUGUGUAGAAGGGAUUUUUUAGAUGGCUGCUAAUUUUGAAAAGCAACAGAACAACAGCAUGCUCUGACAUGUUUCAGAGGGGGAUCAGAAAGGGCUCUUGCGUACCAAGCUGCAGACCACUAAAUCUGAGCUGCUUUUUCUUGCUAGUUUCUUGUACCAUCACUGUUUUCAGUGAUUCAAGAGAACAUGACAUACUUGCAGAGUCUGCUCAGCUCUGUACUGUAUGGGUGGUAGGGGGGAGUUAUAGAAAUUGGACCAAAAGACAAAGAGAUUAUAUUCCUUGUAUGUGAUAGCUUAUAAUAAUCUCUCAUGGCCAGAAUUGCCCAAAUGUGGGGGCCAUUCUUGGAGCUCAUUUCUCUAGCCCCUACAUUCAGUAAUGACAAGGCAAGGCAAAAGUUUGCUCUCAAAACGGGGAGGGGAGGGAGAAAGUGUACUACUCAGUUACAGUAUUGCUGCAUGAUUACUGAAUGUAUCCAGUACAGAACUGGCAUGCAAAAUAUUUGGCCUAAUAUGCACAGUGGAAUAAUCGUCAAGUUUCUUUUAAACUAGUCCACUAAAUGAAUCCUUGAAAUGUUGCUUAUAUCGCUGGAAGCAUAAUGGAUUCAAUAUAGUAGUACAAAACUGUUAAGCAAUACUUUUGAAAGAACCUAUUUAUUUUGAAGGAAUGAUUGACUCCAUUGCUGGCAAUAGAUGUCUCAAAACAUGGAACUGUAAUAAAUGUUUAUUGAUUGCUGUCACCCUAAAUGUGGAUUAUUUCAUCCUUUACUUUGUUUGAAUGAUCAAGUGAAAAUAUGCCAUGGUUCUCUGAACAUGGAAGCAAAUGCAAUAGCUAGUAAAGUUUUUGGCCCUAAGAGUUUCCCAGCAGCUGGACCCCUCUGUAAUAUUCGUGCCCUCUUUGCUGCACUGAACUUUAAAAUGAGGGUCUCAAUCUUUCACAUUGUUCUUGAACUUUGUAUAGCUCUGAUGAUCUCAUCUGUGUCACUCCAUCACUUGAGCAGAUACAACCCUGUCUUGGUCUGUUCUUUUGUUUGCUGAUUUUGUGUCACUGGAAUCACACUGUAUGUAAAUAUUAGAAUUUGCAAAAUGUAA